ACCCGCCAAAAAUCCACAUCCCAGAUCAUGGCUCAGUCGGAUGUAGUCAUCGUUGCUGCUGUCCGAACUCCCAUAGGCAGUUUCAUGGGAUCACUGUCACAUUUACGGGCACAUGAACUAGGAAGUAUUGUGAUUAAAGAAGCCUUGAAGCGGGCGGACGUUGACGCAAAAGAUGUUUCUGAAGUAAUUCUCGGACAGAGCCUACAAGCUGGGCAAGGUCAAAAUACGGCACGACAGGCAUCCAUAAACGCGGGAGUACCCAUAGAGGCACCGGCAUGGACCAUAAAUAUGCUGUGCGGUUCUGGACUUAAGUCGAUAGCGUGCGGGUACACAGCGAUCAAGACCGGGGAGGCGUCCAUCGUCGUGGCCGGAGGGCAAGAAAGCAUGAGCCAAGCCCCUCACGCCAUCCACAUGCGGGCCGGCAAGCGGCUCUUCAACGCCGAGCUCGUCGAUACCAUGAUCCACGACGGACUCACCGACGCCUUCGAAAACAUCCACAUGGUCAUCACAUCGGAAAAUAUCGCCGAGAAGCAUAAAAUAUCGAGAGAGGACCAGGAUCGGUUCGCUCUUGAGAGUCAAAGAAGAGCAGAAGUCGCGCAGAAAAAUGGGUACUUCGAGAAGGAAAUCGUCCCCGUGCCGAUUAAAGUUAAGAGGGAGGAGAAAAUAUUUUCGGAGGACGAGUUCCCGAAGCACGGUCUCACACUCGAGUCUCUCGCUCAACUAAAACCAGUUUUCUUAAAAGACGGGACGGUAACGCCAGGCAACGCCUCGGGCCUCAACGACGGGGCGGCAGCGGUGGUGCUGAUGAGCCGGGCGACAGCGGAGGCGCGCGGAACCCAGGUGCUGGCCAAGAUCGUGGGCUUGGCGACCGGCGGCGUGAGCCCGGCGCUCAUGGGCACAGGCCCGAUCCCGGCCGUGGAGAACCUCCUGGCCAAGGUCGGCUGGACCCUCCAAGAAGUGGACCUCUUCGAGCUCAACGAGGCCGCGGCCGCCCAGGCCUUGUCCGUCAACCGGGGGCUCGGGGUGGACCCGGCCAAGGUCAACGUCCACGGUGGCGCCAUCGCCCUCGGACACCCCCUCGGCGCCUCCGGCACCCGCGUCCUCGUCACCCUCAUCCACGCCCUCCAGCGGACCGGCGGUCGCAAGGGGGUUGCUAGUCUCUGCAUUGGCGGCGGUAUGGGUAUCGCUAUUGCCAUUGAGAUCCCUUGAGGGAUCUACCAUGAACCAUGCUCGGAGAGUCCUGAUUAUUGAAAUUGAUAGACAAAGUUAUAGACAAAACUAUAGACAAAACUAUAGACAAAGCUAUAGACAAA